CACAUCUCACAUCUGGUACUAUCUCUCUUUCUAGUUUCCACCACGCCUCCUUAAUAUUGAGUUUAAUUUUUCUCAUAUCCAAUCAACCAUAAUGAUGAGUGCCUUCUUCCCUAGAUUUCUCCAUUUUCUAAUCCCUCUUUGCUUUGCUUCAUUUGCUUUUGGAGCCACUCUGCAACAAGAUGAAGUGCAAGCUCUGAAAGUCAUAAAUAACACACUUGGGAAGAAGGAUUGGGACUUCACCGUGGAUCCAUGUAGCGGGCAGGGUAACUGGACAUCGCCUACUCAACUGCAAGGAUCAGAAAAUGCUGUGACUUGUAAUUGUUCAUUUGCCAAUCACACUGUUUGCCAUGUUGUCAGCAUUAUUUUGAAGAAGCAGAAUCUUUCUGGUACUCUCCCACCGGAGCUUUCCAGGUUGCCUUAUCUCCAAGAAAUUGACCUCACCUUCAACUACCUUAAUGGUACAAUCCCUAAAGAAUUGGCCACCUUAAAUCUUGUCAACAUUUCCAUUCUUGGAAAUCGACUAACGGGUCCAAUCCCAAAGGAGCUUGGAAACAUCACUACUCUCAAAAGUUUGGUAUUGGAGUUCAAUCAAUUAUCAGGAAAUCUUCCACCAGAGCUUGGGAAUCUUACCCAGAUUGAAAGACUGCUUCUUACCUCCAACAAUUUCACUGGAGAGUUACCUGCUACAUUUGCUAGGCUCACUCGGUUGAAACAUGUACGAAUUGGGGACAAUCAAUUCUCUGGAGCGAUACCCAAUUUUAUACAGAACUGGAAAAAUCUUGAUACACUCGUGAUCCAAGGGAGUGGUUUGAGUGGGCCAAUUCCUUCUGGAAUUUCACUUCUGACAAACCUUACUGACUUGAGAAUUACUGACUUGAAUGGAUCUGAUUCAUCCUUUCCACAACUAAAUAAUUUGACAAACUUGGAGACACUAAUAUUGAGGAGUUGCAACAUAAUUGGAGCCUUGCCUGAUUAUCUUGGAAACUUGACCACUCUGCAAGUAUUAGACCUCAGCUACAACAAACUAACUGGACCAAUUCCGAGCAGUUUUGAUCGUCUGCAGAACAUGUAUAUGCUAUUCUUAACUGGAAAUCUUCUCACUGGAUUGCUGCCUCAAUGGAUAGUUAAACUAGACUUUGUUGAUCUCUCAUAUAACAACUUCAGCAUUAGCAACGGGGAGCAGCUGAGUUGUCAACAGGGAAGCGUGAAUUUGUUUGCAUCCUCUUCAGCCGGAAACACCUUAGGGAAUGUUUCUUGUUUGUCCAACAUUAAGUGUCCAAAAUAUGCAUAUUCUCUCUAUAUAAAUUGUGGUGGAAAGCUUGUAACUUCUGAUGGAAAUAAGACAUAUGAAGAUGACUCAAGUGAGAUUGGAUCUGCAAGAUAUCGUCAAACUGGAGCAAACUGGGCACUUAUCAAUGCUGGUCACUUCUUCGAUAGUGGUCGCGCAGACUACUAUACUUGGUCUAACACAAGUAAGCUCGCAGUGGACAAUGCUACACUGUACAUGGAUGCACGGGUUUCUCCCAAUUCUUUGACUUAUUAUGAAUUUUGCCUGGGAAAUGGAAACUACACGGUGAAUCUCCAUUUCGCUGAAAUAAUGUUCACCGAUGAUAAAACAUAUAGCAGCCUUGGCAGGCGUGUUUUUGAUAUCUACAUUCAGAGAAAGCUGGUGGCCAAGGAUUUCAAUAUUGCAAAAGAAGCAGGGGGUGUUGGUAAAGCAAUCAUAAAAAAAUUCACUGCUGUUGUGACUAGAAAUGCCUUGGAGAUCCGCUUAUAUUGGGCUGGGAAAGGGACAACCUCUAUCCCAUUUGGAUCUGUAUAUGGUCCUCUUAUAUCAGCUAUAUCUAUUGAUUCUGAUUUUGUACCUCCGUCAGAAAAUGGAAGUAGCAUAUCUGUAGGGGUUGUGGUUGCAAUUGUGGCUGCUGGAGCAAUUAUUAUCAUUUUGGUAAUUGGUAUACUAUGGUGGAAGGGCUGCUUGAGACUGAAAAAGCCAAUAUCCAGAGAGCUAAAGGGUUUAAAAUCACAAACUGGUUUAUUUACCCUACAACAAAUCAAAGCAGCAACAAACAACUUUGACAAAGCCUUGAAGAUUGGAGAAGGGGGAUUUGGUCCUGUAUAUAGGGGCAUCCUAUCAGAUGGCACUAUCGUAGCAGUCAAGCAGCUUUCUUCAAAAUCAAGGCAAGGGAAUCGCGAAUUCAUAAAUGAGAUAGGCCUGAUUUCUGCUUUGCAACACCCUAAUCUAGUUAAGCUCUAUGGCUGUUGUAUGGAGGAGGAGCAAUUGCUGCUUAUAUAUGAAUACAUGGAAAACAAUAGUCUCGCUGAUGCUUUAUUUGUCACAAAUAAUGAUCCUGAGAAACGCCAAUUGAGAUUGGAUUGGCAAACAAGACAUAGGAUUUGUGUUGGUAUCGCUAAAGGUUUGACGUACCUUCACGAGGAGUCAAGACUGAGGAUAGUUCAUAGGGACAUCAAGGCCACUAAUGUGUUACUUGAUAAAGAUCUCAACCCAAAAAUUUCUGAUUUUGGCUUGGCCAAGCUUUAUGAAGAGGACAAAACCCACAUGAGCACCAGAAUAGCCGGCACUUAUGGGUACAUGGCUCCUGAGUAUGCAAUGCAUGGCUAUUUGACAGACAAAGUAGAUGUAUAUAGUUUUGGAAUUGUUGCACUGGAAAUUGUCAGUGGGACUAGCAAUACCAUCAGGCAGCCUAUGGAAGAAUGCUUCUCUCUUCUUGAUUGGGUGCAUCUCUUGAAAAAAAGAGGUAAUCUAAUGGAGCUUGUAGAUAAGAGGUUGGGUGAAGACUUCAACAAAGAGGAGGUAAUGGUGAUGAUUAAUGUAGCUCUUUUAUGCAGCAAUGUCUCUCCAUCUCUCAGGCCCAGCAUGUCUUCAGUAGUGAGCAUGCUGGAAGGCAGAACCAUUGUUCAAGAAGUGAUGUCAGAAAGAACUGAGGUAUUGGAGGAUAAGAAAUUUGAGAUGAUGCGCCAGUAUUACCAAGAGAGAGUAGAAAAUAUCACAGUUGAGUCUCAGAGCAAGAGUGCCUCAACAGAUAAAACAUCUUCUAUAUAUAAAUCGAAUACGGAUUCUUCUUUAGGGGAUAUCAAAAGUUCGUGAAACUAUACAAAUUGCAUUUGUGAAAUAAACAUCUUACCAAGAAAGGAAAGCUGCCGAUAGAGUUACAUUUACCUCAUCCCAAGGAGACAGGUAGAGGCUCGGUCGUGCAGCCUGUCAAAUACAAGACCUGCUUCACUCGACCAACUCAGAGUUAGAAGACUAUGUUUCUAGAGCUAGGAAACUAUUUUCAAAUUGAUUUUUGAAUAGAGUAGUGCUAUUGAAAUAGAUUCUUUUGCC